AACAUAUACUAAGGAAGUCAUUGUGGUAUCUCCCACUUACACCUAGACUGAAAAGGUUGUACAUGUGUUGAAAAUAGCUAAGCGCAUAAUAUGACACCUUACUUGUGGUGGUGAAUCUGAAAGAUUGUGCAUCCUACCGAUGUUAAGGCAUGGAAACACUUUGAUUGCACCAACCUCAACUUUGGGUUAGAUCCAAAGAAUGUAGGGCUUGGAUUGUGCACAAAUGGGUUCACUCCAUUUGGACAUACAGUAGCCCCAUAUUUAUGUUGGCUUGUAUUUUUUACUAUUUACAACCUACUUCCAUCAAUAUAUAUGAAAUCGGAGUCCCAUCUUUUUUUCUCUAAUAAUACAAGGCCCUAAUAAUCCAAGAAAAAACAUUAAUGUCAUGCUAUGCCCAUUGAUUGAUAAAUUAAAGGAACUUUGGUAUAAUGGGGUCAAGACAUAUGAUAGCUUUAGGCAUCAACAUUUCAUGAUGAGAGUAGCACUUAUGUGGACAAUUAGUGACUUCCUUAGAUACAGCAUGUUAUCUGGAUUGAGCACACAUGGUAGAUUAUCAUGUUCGUAUUGUCAAGAAAAUUCUAAGGCAUUCCACCUCCUAAACGAUUAAAAGAUAUCAUUUUUUGAUUGUAAUCGAUAGUUUUUACUCCCUAAUCAUCCAUUUAGGAGAAAUAGGAAUGAUUUUAAAAAAGGUUAUGUAGAGAAUCUUGCUCCACUAGAGAGAUUGUCGGGGGAUGGUAUGUUUUGACAAAUUUAGCAGUUGCCUGAUGUACUAUUUAGGAAGCCAUCCCAAAGGUAAGUGAUUGAAGGAUUUGGUAAUUGGCAUAACUGGGUUAACAGGAGUAUUUUUUGGGAGUUUCCUUAUUAAAGUACAAACUUAAGCCGUUAUAACGUAGAUGUAAUGCACUGUAAGAAAAACCUUUUUGAUGAUAUCUUUCACACCAUCAUGGAUGACCCAUUGACAAAGGAUAACUUGAAGGCAAGGAUGGAUAUGAAAUUGCAUUGCAAUAAGCCAAAGUCUUUGUAUACCAGAAAAAUGCUCCAAUGUGGGUAAAAAACUGAAGGCCACUUAUGUCUUAAAUAGGGAGUAGAGAAAAUCAAUGUGCUAAUGGCUAAAGAAUCUUAGACUUCUUGAUGGUUUUGCAUCCAACAUCUCUCGUUGUGUGAAUAUGCAAGAGGCAAAAGUUAGCAAGAUGAAGAGUUAUGAUUGCCACAUAUUCAUGCGAAGUCUCCUUUCAAUUGCAUUUCGUGGUUUUCUCCCAAAUCAAGUUUGGGAAGUACUUACGGAGAUCAAUGAGUUUUUCAAAAGCCUUAUGUUCUCUAGCCAUUCGUGUUACAAAUAUGGAGAUUUGGUAUAUAAAGAUUGUAGAAAUAAUAUGCCAACUUGAAAGAAUCUUUUCUUUUUUUUUUUUGAUUUGAUGGAGCAUCUAACAAUCCACCUUCCAUAUGAAGACAGGGUGUGGGGACCAAUGCAACUCUAUUGGAUGUAUCCAUUUAAAAGGUAUUAUUAGAAUACUUAAUUUUUUAAUAUUUUAUAUCUAUAAUAUAAAACAUAAUUUUUUUU